GCAUGUUUGAAACAAACGUCUUAAAUGACAACUGCGUCGCAGUGAAGCUCAGUUUCUCUUCCCCUCCUGGCUCUAACGUCAUCUUUGUUUGCAUACACCGCGGGGACUGAUGCAGGCAGAGCGUUUAACUUGUGCAUUUUAGCUCAAAAAAGGAGCAGUCAUAUCCCGGAAACGACGCUGUUGCUCCAAAAUAAAAGCGGCAAUAUCACACACCUGUCAACGGGGUUAUUUUAUUAUGUAUUUUGUCCGAAUAACAAACUAUUUCGUAACAAAACAUUCCACUUAAACCUCACCACUCGGCUGCUCAAGCUAAGAAACAUGUCACGCAAGUUGGACAACAACGGGUUACCUUUCUUACCCGGAUUCUGUUUCGAGGAUGUAACGAAAACUGCAUUCCACCGCCCCCAGACGUUGUCAUUUUCCAGGGGCAUACCGUUAGCCCGUGCCCCUAGGGUGGGCAUCGGACUGGAGCCUCUUUUAGCGGACCAGAUGAUAAACGAACAGCUCAGCGGCUACUCCUAUGAGACACCCGACAUCCCCGUUGGUGCCAUUGACUCAAAAUACUACAAAGACCUACUCAAUUUGACCUACAACGCCGGUGUAGCCGUUAACCCGAGCCCUCCACCUUUCAUCCCAGCUUAUGUCACCCUUGACAAAAAGGUGCUUUGCUUCAAAGGGUACUUUGAGGAGGAAAUGAUCAACAGUCGAGAAGAAAAGAGCUGUGUCCGUCAUGUGGUUAUUUACUAUUACCUGGCAGAUGACACCAUGAAUAUCACUGAGCCCUGGGUGCCCAAUUCUGGAAUACUCCAGGGUGAACGGAUCAAACGGCAACGCCUACCUAAGAGGGAGCCUGGGAAGUAUUACCACUGGAAAGACCUCAACCUUGGCAUUGACAUGGAAGUGUACGGUGUGAAGUACCGUAUCACACAGUGUGAUUUGUUUACACAGAACUUUAUGCAGCGCCAGGGUAUUAUUCUGAAUGAACCCGAGGACAUGCCAGAGGAUUCAUACAUCUCGCAGCGGAUAAAAGCUCCGCAUACAUACACGACACGCUCAGAAUUUGACAGCAGGUACCAGUUUCUCCAUAUGGAUCGCAAGGUGCUGCGUUUCUUCGCCCUAUGGGAUGAUUCGGAAUCUGAGCUUGGCGAAACCUUGCCUGUUACUAUCCACUACUUCCUGGUGAACGAUACAGUGGAGAUCAGGGAGGACCACAAGCCCAACAGCGGGCGAUAUCCAUUCCCGGUGUUGAUGCAGAGACUGAGGAUACCCAAGAAAAUGAAGCCGGGGCACGACCAGUUCCCCAGCUGUGUGAUGGAGGAUUCCAAUGAGGAAGUGGAAGAGUUCUUCUCCCCAACAGACUUCCGGGUCGGUGAAAUGGUCACGAUAAUGGGACGGCGUUUCCUGUUGUAUGACUGCGAUGACUUCACGAAAGAAUAUUACCAGACGAAUCACCCUGAAAUCAACAUAAAAAGCAUAGAAGUACCCAGGAAGAUGGGCAAGUUUGAGGGCAUGAAGAAGGAGAUUCCCCCCUAUAAUGGCUUUGGAUCGCUAGAAGAUUCUCUCCAGAGUUGUUUAUCUCUAAUACCCGCACCUCCCAGAAAGAACGUGAUAAAGAUGCUGGAGAAUGGAAACAAAGUGUUGCGCUACAGUGUCCGAUUGGUGACGCCCAAGGACGCCUCGGAUUCUAAAACCAGAAAUGCAGACAGACGUUUCAUUCUGUCCUAUUAUCUGUCCAAUGACACCAUCAGUAUUUAUGAGAAUCCCCAAAACAACUCUGGUUUCAUUGGUGGAGGAUUCCUGAAAAGGACACGUGUUCCUAAGCCAAAUUCUCCUGUGGACAAUCCCGAGUUCUACUCGCCGGCAGACUUCUCUAUUGGAGCUACUGUUGAUGUUUUUGGCCACCGCUUUGUACUGAUUGACGCCGACCUUUACGUGUUGAAAUACAUGGAGACCAACCCCAGCCAGAUUCCCUUGGAGACGCUUGAUACGUUACGCCAGAAGUUAGGGACCGAGGCAUAACACAGAAUGAUGUCAAGCCCAAUUUGGACCAGGAAGGACUUAAGGGAUGCACACUAAAGAAAAAACCCAACGGACUUUGAUUAUGGGAAGUAUUUUUUCAUGUUUGGCCACACUGCAAAGAAAAAUUACGAACAAAAUUAUUAUUAUUAUUAUUACUAUUAAUAAAUAUAGUCAUGGUAAUUUUAUGACAUUUUUCCUAAAACUUCUACCACAUGCACAAAUACCUUUUUAGGAUAUUUUUAGUUAUAUUUUUAUACAAGUUUCACUUAAGUCUUUUUUAUUAAAAUUGUCCUCCUAAUAUGA